AUGGGCUACCUACUGGGAUUCGUAAUUGCAACCGGGAUCACCUAUGGCGGGUUGUAUGCCCUUGAGUGGGUGUGGCGGGAGUUUCGCCCCUUGCCGGUCAGUCCCACGGAAGAGGCUCAACCUGAUUCGCAAGCGGAGCCACCUGAUACAGCUCCGACAACGGCAGGAAAGCUGGAACAUCAUCCUGCCCUUCCCCAUCCAGACAAUCAGCAAAUGAACGAGCGUCAGCAGCAACGCUGA